CUGUCUCUGCUUCUCCUCUGCUCUGAUCCAGCUCCUGCUCUCGUCCUGGUGAAACUUUAACCUCGAUCACCGGGACUUCAUUUACUGCCCCCGAAUCCGCAGCAUCCUCCCAGCCGCCGAUAGAAUUCUUUGAUAACAGUGGAAUAAGGAUUUACCCAGAUGCAGCAAUGACUUGAUGUUGACGUCACAGCUUUGAUCAGGACUCUCUCUCAGCAGUGAGAUGAAGGACCAGCCCACCUCAGCCCCAUCCGCCCCCUCUGCUCCCUCCAACCCCUCCAACCCCUUGGACUGUUCUGCUGUGGUGUACAGCGUGAACAGACCCGUGUAUGAUGAGGAAAAACUUGAGUCACAGCUCCACAAGAAGGACAAGUCAUUGGUCACCUUCAGACAGAGAAUCACUCAGCAGUGUCAGUGCUCUGUGCAGAGAGCCAGGGCGGCCCUCUUUAGCCUGCUCCCGGUGCUGUCAUGGCUCCCGUCAUACCCCUUUAAAGAGUACAUUUUCUCGGAUGUGGUGUCGGGACUCAGUACUGGAGUGGUGCAGCUGCCUCAGGGUCUGGCAUAUGCUCUGCUAGCUGCUGUUCCUCCAGUCUAUGGCCUCUACUCUUCCUUCUACCCCGUCCUGCUCUACACUUUCUUUGGCACAUCUCGGCACGUCUCAGUGGGCACAUUUGCAGUGAUCAGUCUGAUGAUCGGAGGCGUGGUGGUGAGAGAAGCUCCAGACUCCAAGUUUUACGUCCAGGUCAAUGGGUCAAACAUGUCUGCCGUUCUGGACACAGAGGCCAGAGACGCACAGAGGGUCCAGGUGGCCAUGGUCUUCACCACAAUCACUGGAAUAAUACAGAUUGUCUUGGGGCUGCUGAGGUUUGGUUUUGUGGCAAUCUACCUUUCUGAGCCUCUAGUCCGGGGCUUCACCACAGCAGCCGCGGUUCACGUGGUCGUUUCUCAGCUCAAGUAUCUGCUCGGAGUGAAGACGCACAGAUACAGUGGUGCCCUGUCUGUCGUCUAUAGUUUGAAGGCGGUCUUCAGUCAAAUCAGUGAGACGAACAUCCCGACUCUGCUGCUGGGCCUGUCCUGCCUGGUUUUCCUGUACAUCGUGAAAGACCUGAACGAGCGCUUUAAGAAGAGGCUGCCCAUUCCCAUCCCUGGCGAGAUCAUAGUGGUCAUAGUGUCCACGGGGGUCACGUAUGGCAUGUCUCUGUCUCAGCUGCACCAGGUCGACAUCGUGGGACACAUACCAACCGGGCUGCGGGCUCCGACUCUCCCAGACUUCUCCCUUGCUUCAAACCUGAUCACAGACGCCUUUGCUGUGGCCAUUGUGGGCUACUCCAUGGGCAUUUCUCUGGCCAAGAUCUUCGCUCUGAAACAUGGGUACACAGUGGAUGGCAAUCAGGAGAUGCUGGCGUACGGCCUGUGCAACUUCAUCAGCUCGUUCUUCCAAACCUUCGUCGUGACCUGCUCCAUGUCAAGAAGCCUGGUUCAGGAGAGUACUGGUGGAAAGACUCAGAUUGCAGGGCUGCUGGCUUCUAUGGUCGUGCUUCUUGUGGUGGUGGCCAUUGGGUUUGUGUUUGAGCCUCUGCCUCAGACUGCACUGGCGGCCAUCAUCAUAGUGAACUUGCUGGGGAUGUUCAAACAGUUCAGAGACAUUCAUCAUCUGUGGAGGACGUCCAAGAUCGAACUGACCAUUUGGGUGAUAGCCUUCGUCUCCUCAGUGCUGCUUGGGUUGGACUUGGGUCUCCUGGUGUCCAUCACAUUCGGGAUCUUCACUGUCAUUUACAGAACGCAGAAUCCUCACACUUCACUUCUGGGUCAUGUUCCUGACACAGCCCUCUACGUCUCUGUGGACCAAUAUGAGGAAGCAUCCGAGGAGCAGGGAGUAAAGAUUUUCCAGUUCAACUCCUCCAUCUACUUUGCCAACAGUGACCGCUAUGUGUCCAGUCUCAAGGAGCAGACUGGUGUGAGGCCAGAGCAUAUCCAGUCAUUAAGGAAAGCGCAGAAGAAGAAAACCAGGAAGUCCCAAGAGAACCACACUCUGGUGGUUUGUGCAAAUGCAGUGAGAGGAGUGAGCCACAAGUUGUUGCCAAAUCCCCACAGCCCUAACAAAGAGGAGGAGAGGCCGGAGUUAGAACAGGUGAACGGACAGGUGAAGGGAGAGUUGACAGGUGCAGACACAGACUCAGAGAAGGCGGUUUUUAUUCAGACUUACUCCUCUUCGAUCCACUCCAUUGUCCUGGAUUGGAACUGUGUGGGCUUCAUCGACUCUGUGGGAGCAAAAGCCAUCAAACAGGUCAUAAAGGAAUAUGCAGCAGUGGAUAUCAGUGUGGUUAUAGCCAGAUGCAACGGAGGUGUUCUGGAUGAGUUGGAGAGGUUACAGUUCUUCACAGAAAUGAAAAAAAGUAUAUUUUUCCCAACGAUCCAUGACGCCAUUUUACACUGUCAGGAUCUCAACUCAAGUCCAAGUACAGGUCCAGAAACCUGUGUCUAAUAUUCACACUGUCAACACUGGAGAUUUCCGCACUGUGUAACUUUUGUCACCGGCUUGUCUCCAUGGAGAUGCUUUACCUGGAAUGAUCCAACUUACCAAUUUCUAUAAAGGCCAACUUACAGGUUACAGUUGUGUGGAGAGGCGACCCCACUCCCAAUAAGAAUAGCUGUUUUUUUUUUGGACAAUAAAAAAAACUGCAUUUGAGUAAAGAAAAGUUAGCUUAAUGCUAUACUGUGGAACAUUCAAGGCAAGGCAAUGACAUCUCCAUGGAGACAGGCUGAUGUUACACCCUUCAAAAAGUUACACAAUGCGGCUUUAAACGGGCAUCUUAAUGUUGAUGUUAUCUCUUAGAGAGACGUGGAGUUCUUUGCAGUUUCUGACACUCCAAACUCACACUGAAGUUAUAUUUUGUACAAUCCAAACGGGACAUUCCUGAAGCCUUAAACUUGUUACUGCUGUGUAUGUCUUUCUUAUUGUAUUCCAUUCUGAAUAUGGCAGGUAGCUAGUGAGAAAAAUAUAAAACACUGCUCUUGUGUUGAGUGCAGGUGUAUUCUAUUGCUGGGUUUCAGAUGGCAUCACAACAUUAUUCAAGUAAGCGUACUACUACACUGUACAAUAUAUUUUUCAUGUACGAGUACUGUUACACUGUACGGUAAAUUUUUCAAGUGAGAGUACUGUUACGCUGUACAGUGCAUUACUGAAAUAGGAAUAAAAGUAUGGGGUCCUAAAAAUGAAAAAGUUACUUGAGUAAAUGUAGCUAUAGAAGAAUAAAGUUUGAGUGUUUUUCUUCCAUAGAAUACUAUGAGAAAGACCAGCCAGGCUGUGCAUCCAAAUGUGUAAUUUUUUAGAACUGCACUUUAUUAUUAUUAGAGAAAGAGCAACUAUUUGUAUUUAACUAGAACUGUUGCUAAAUAUAACACGUGUGUUUUUUGUGAACUUUGGCUGUAUUUGAAAGUGGAUUUUUUUUUAUUCAGUGAAAACAAAACGGGACCAAAGCUACUAGAUUUCACAUGCUUUAAUGUUUUUUAAUAAAAAAACCCCAAAAAAACACACACACAAAAAAGCUUUUUAAUUUAGUGCUAUAGCUGACAUACCUGUUUCAUUCACUACUGUCGGACCAGGACUAAACCAGUUCUAUACCAAGACUCUGCCAGUACUAGGACUAAACUAGGACUAAAUGAGGAUUAGAACUAAACCAGGUGCAGGACUAAACCAGGUAUAAACCAGAACAAGGACUAAACCAGGUCUAUAAUUGAAUCUUUUGAAUUAAAGUAGAUUCCUAACAGAACUAAACCAAAAUUAUACCUGAUUUGAAACACAACUAAGGUUGCAUUAACUUGACCUGCUUUGGUCCUGAUUUGAGCCCAGUUUAGUCCAGAUAUAGACUUGAUUUGGCCCUGUUCUAGUUCUAGUUUUGCUAUUGGACUACACUAAACAAGGUUUAAGGUCUACUCUAAUUAAACCAGGAUCAUCCCAGGUCUAAUACACAACUGAACCAAGAUUAACCCAGACUCAACCUGGAGGAAACCCAAUCUAAACCAGGUCCAAACCAAGUCUAAACCAGGUUCAAAGAAGACUUGAACCAUGUCAAAGAAUUGGAGUUCUUUCCUAAUACACUGUUUUACAUUUAAAAUCCCUUCUUCAACUCGUACUCAUAUUCAUUACUUUUGGUUAAACUAUGCAGCCUCAGAGGGUCAAGAAUCAUUAACUUUUAAAUACAGCCCUAAGCUUACUUUUUAUUUUGAAUGUGAACCUAUGUCUAGAGUGAUGCUGAUCUGUAUGUUAUAAAUGUUAUAAUGUUUUAGUCCUGUUCUAUUUUUGUAUGAAUUUAUGUAAAACCAGCAGUUUUAGUGUCAUGUCUAAAUGCUGAGAAUUCACGUCAGCUAUCUACUUGUUUAUGUGGAGACGUUAUUGGUCAUCCUGGAAUGUCCCACAGUAUCACAUUAAAUAUGCAGUUACAGGUAGUUACAGGUCAGAUCUGUGAGAGGUGAACCUGCUCAUACUGAAUGUUUUUCAAUGUAUUUCAAGAAACUGAAAAACAAAAUGCAAGUUUGGUACGUUUAAUGCUAUUAGACAAGAGGGUGACAGAUUUAGGCACGUUCUGUGGACCGACCCCAGUGCGAUUCAGUUGUAUUUACUUUACUUUUGGGUAGGUCUUGUUCACAUACACCGCGCGCUAUUCGCCUCAAACGCGCACCAUGAGCCACGUGACAGGCCAUCAGCUGAUCAAAGAACUUAUGUUUGUGCCUUCGUUUGGAGCAGACAGAGCCAGUUCACUUCCCCUAUAGGCGCUGAUCUUUUCUUUACCCUGUGGCUAAAUGCACUGAGGCUGUAAACGCUGGUAACGAAGGAGAAAAAGCUUUUUGAACACACACAGACAGACCUACUCACCUGCGCACACAGAGGCAGGAGACUGGUUCAUCCAAAUGUCUUUGUCAGGCAAAAGUGCCAAACAGCGGCUCUGCUGCGCCCAUUUAACCAAAUAGCUUAUACUGAUCCAAGCCCUUAUUUUCCCAAUUCCAAGCAUUUUUACUGUGGCAACGGACUGAGGAGGUCGGCCAUGUUCACAUCACACUCGCCCCGCUCCAGAGUGCGCCUGCUGGGGUCACACCGGCCCAAGCGCACCGCUCUCGGAGCGCACGCUCUUUUACGACCACCUAACUAUAGCGUCAUUUGACUCUCUUUAAGUUGAGGGCGCGGUAACUAAAAGUGAGCGGUGAAAAUGUGAAUGCGAGCGCACAUGUGCCUGACAGUGCCCGGGGCUCGCGUCUCCGCGCGCUGUUUACCUUCCAGCGCUCGCGCUCUUUCUGCCUGCGCCCUCUCUGAUUUUGUUGAUUUUCUAACUUUGUAUCUUUUAGCAGUGUACCACUACAUCAAACUGGUAUCUUGAUUUACUAACGCUAAGGUCAAUAACACGCGACCACCAGGGGGCGCAGACCUAUGGACUGCGUGUGAACUCAUGGAGAUGUGCAGAGCAGCGUGGGCCUUAUGAAGACGCUGUGCAGUGAGAAGGAUCCCUCCUCAUACCCACACCCUCACACUGGGGGACCCUAUAAAAGCUGUCACAUGCACAUCUCAGGGCUCUCUUCUGAUCCUUUCCGGAGAGUGUUACUUCAUUGUUCACUUUACCUGUGUGGAACUCAUUAAACUUUCUGACUUC